AUGGCUGACUACAAGGAAGGAGACAAGGUCGAGUACCGCCCCAUCGGUGGCAGCGGCGAGAACGUUGCGCACUCGACUGGUGUCAUCGGAAGUGUGGUCGAGGCUGAGGACGGCUCCACCCGUUACACCAUCAAGAAUGACAACACGGGCAAGUCCACGACCUACCAGGAAAUGAACAUUGUCAAGAAAAUCUAG